CGUAAACUAAUGUGAUACAUACGUAAAUUGACGUAAAAUCAACUUAUAAGUUGAAAAAUUGUCAUUGUUUAGAAUUGCAAUAAAAUCGUUAUAUGACCAUUGAAGUUAAAGAAAAUUCGUUCAUUGUACAAUAGAAAGUUAAUAUUUAAUAUCAAGUGGUGAGGUCUAACAAUAAGUGUGAGACUAACAAAGAAGAUUGAAAUGUGCAAACUAAACAAUUACUGAAAUUCAAGCAAUGAUCUAUCGAACCGUGUGAUUUAUAAGAAGACACGUACGAAACAUAUCUUUUUGUAAAUUGGUAAAUAAACAUCUGUAUAUCGUAAGAUAAAAUGGAUGUACUUGCGAAGCUACGGAACACUGUCAGCAAUACAAUUUCUAACACAGUUCAGAAUACUGCUUACGGUUUGUCUCAGUUGUCGAACGUUCUUCCUGGUAAUCCUGUAACCAGAGAAUUCGAAGUAACUGCUCAUAUAGCGAGCGCUGGACCAUCCUUGCUGUGGAAAGUUUACAGCGGUUAUAAGAAGUCUACAAAGCAGGAAGCUGCAAUCUUCGUGUUUGAAAAACGAAUUUUGGAAAAAUUAUCGAGAAAUGAAAAAGAUCUGAUCGUAGAAACGUUGAAAAAAGGGGUUGCACAGUUGACAAAGUUACGCCAUCCCCAGGUUUUAACUGUUCAGCAUCCGUUGGAGGAAUCGAGAGAUAGCUUAGCGUUUGCAACCGAGCCUGUAUUAGCUAGUUUAUCUAAUAUCUUAGGAAAUCAUAAUAACUUGCCCAAACCGUUACCCAUAGCAUUGAAGGACUAUAAGCUGCACGACGUCGAAAUCAAGUAUGGCCUUCUACAGCUUGGAGAAGGCCUCGCAUUUUUACACGGAGACGUUAAACUGCUCCACAGAAAUCUGUGUCCAGAUACUAUCAUUGUGAACAGUCACGGGGCAUGGAAGAUUUUUGGAUUCGACUUUUGUGCUCUGAAUCAAAGUGCAGAGGGUAAACAGUCUCAAUGGUCGUACACAGAGUACGACGUUACUGCUCCGUUCAUGGCACAGCCGAAUUUAGAUUUUCAAGCGCCAGAAUGCAUUCUAGCGAGUAGCGUUAAUACAGCGAGCGAUAUAUUUUCCUUGGGAAUGGUCGCGUACGUUUUACAUUCUCCGACGAAUGCACCUCUUCACGAAUGCAACAGAAAUUUCUUGAAGUGCAAGCAAUUCUUAGAAAAUUUCAAGAGUUCGAGCAUCGCCGACAGACUUCUUCCAAUUCCGGAAAGUCUUCGAGGCACAGUUAAAUUAAUGCUGAACCAUAAUCCCGAACUGAGACCAGAUGCUCACCAGUUCGUAAAGAUCGAAUACUUUAUGGAUAUAGGUGUGAAGACGCUCAACUAUUUAGACAAAAUAUUCCAGUGGGAUAAUUUACAGAAAUCCCAGUUUUACAAAGGAUUGCCACAGCUUUUGAAGCAGUUACCGCACAGAGUUAUACUUCAUAGAGUUCUUCCCGCUUUGUACAAGGAAUUGGUCAACCCCCCGAUGAUUCCAUUCGUAUUACCUAGCAUAAUUUAUGCAAUGGAAACGUGUUCUGUAGAAGAAUUCCGAGAAUACGUUCUACCGAACAUUAAACCUGUCUUAACGCUAGACGACCCGCCACAGAUCAGUCUUGUACUGAUGCAACACGCUGAUUUACUAUUAAAGUUAUGCACGACGGAAGUAAUAAAAACGGACAUAGUCCCGAUGUUGUUACGCGCUUUAGAAUCCGACUGGGAACAAUUGCAAGAAUUAUGCUUGUCGGCUUUACCCAACAUCAUAACGAUGAUCGAAGGACCAGUGAUUAAAAACGCAUUUUUACCUAGAAUGAAAAAAAUUUGUUUACACGGGAAGGGAAGCAAUAAAAGUCUCGGCGUUCGAGUGAACUGUCUGCUGUGCCUUGCAAAGAUGUUGCCUAGUUUCGAUCGAUGGAUCGUCGUCGAUCAAGUUUUACCAUUCCUUCAAGAGAUUCCACAUUCAGGCGAGCCCGCGAUUCUCAUGGCGAUCAUAGGUAUUUAUCGAAUGUUACUGAAUCACAGUAAACUGGGAGCAAGCAAGGAGAUACUUGCGACGAAGAUUUUACCGUUCUUGUUGCCACUGUGCAUCGAGCAAAAUUUCAGUUCAUCUCAAUACGAAAUACUUUCGAGCCUCGUUGUCGAAAUGAUAAAUCGCGUGACGUCGGAACACAAAGAAGCUCUGCGACAAUUAGAUGCUAUGCGUCGUGAGACGCAACAAUUGGAUCAAGAACUUUCCCAAACUUCGAACGCUUACAAACGGAUCAAUGCGACCAGCAAUGAUACGAACAUAAUGCCUGUAGUUUCUGCUUCUAAUUCGACUACAAGUUUAAAGUCGCUACAGAUCGAAAACGGGUUGACGAUGGAAGAUAAGUUUCGAUUAAUACAGCAGCAAGAGGUACAUCAGAGACUGCAAUCUCAAACGCCGUUAAUGCCAACAGUCGUUCAGCCAACUGCGAAACCUCUGGUGAAAGAUUUGACUGACACUUUAAUGAAAUCAAAUUUGGAUCAAUUGAAUCUUUCCAUGUCGAGUCCGAAGCCUGAUUAUACAUGGAAAUCAGCGAUCCCUAAUCAGCAUCCAACGUUCAGUCCGCAAGGAAUGAAUAUCCAGUUGAAUCAAAGAGGAAGUACUUACGUUCCUAAUACAGUUAUACCCCGAAAUAAUAUUAACUAUUCAAUGAACCAAGGAAAUCUUCCGUAUACUCAAUUACAGUUCGAUUCGACCGUGAAUUCGAAUUCCAAAUACGAGUUUGGUUCGAAUAUGAACUCGAAUUCAAACCAAAAUGUACAAAAAUUGUCUUGCGACGAGAUGAUGGACCUUCUUAGUUAAUAAUUCCUUUUACACACUGUAGAGUAUAAUAAUUACGUUUAUUAUUAAUCGUAAUCAAUUUUAUUAAAAAUGGUCACGUUAUUGCAGUUCUAUUAACCGUUCAUUCUCGUUUUCGUUAUAAACUUUCAAUGACCGCAUGUAUUUUAUAUUAAUCGUGACUGCUAGAAGUUACAUCAAACAGCAGCUGUUCCGUUUUUUAAAUGAAUAAUACUAUUCAUAAAUAAUUGGACAAAGUAUUAUGCAGGGAGAUAAUUUUGUAAAGUAUAGAAUUCUUGUUUAAUGCGAUUUUAUUAUUUAUUCAUAUUGUUGCACAGCAAUAAGUAUUUUAACGUGAAAUAUUACAAACUAUAAAAGAACUUUGUAAUUUUAGAGACCACGGAUAUUCGUUCGCUGUAAACAUUAAUUAAAUGUAUUUAUCAAUCUGUUUUGGUAUAUGUAAAAAUAAAUAUUCAAUCAACAAUCUA